AUUACAUUGUUUACUUUAUGGAUGUUUGCUGAGGGAGAAUCGUUGGAAAUGAAACUACUGUAUUGUUUAUUAUUUACAUAUGGAGAUAUUCAGCUGGACGGACAGAAGCAGUGUUUUCAUUAUGUGACUGAUUUAUCUCUUUGAUCUGCUUGAAACAAACAAUGAAUUUAGUUAAUAACUUAUAAAAACAUUCAUUGAUUUAUUCAUUUACUCAUUAAAUCACUUAUUGAUUGAUUCAUUUAUUCAUGAAUGGCUUGCUGUCAUACAACACUUGAACUAUUGUUCUACACUUUAUUUGCCCCUCCCAAAUAUUUGUCAAAGUGAAACUUGAGUAGUGCAUGUUCUAUUAGUGAAACAAAAUAUAGAUCUUUUCAUCGGUGGAAGUCCUGAACGAAGAAGGAAACAUUAUUGAAUUUCCAAAGAUUGCACACAGGUUUUCGCUCCCAGUUUUUGUCAGCACAAUUUACAGCAAUGGGCACCAAUCUGUCUGCUCUAAAAGACCAUGGCUACACAUUAGUGAGUGAAAAGGAGAACAAGAUCCUGGUGAAAAAUGAAGGUGGUGACCAGUUUAUCAUUAAAAAGUUGAGCGCUAACCAUGAGGAUGAAUUGAACGUUCUUCUCCAGCUCAGUCAUCCACACAUCAUCCAUCAUAAGGAAAUCAUCAAAGAUUCUGACUGUUCAUAUCUUGUACUGCAGCACUGUGAAGACGGAGAUCUCGCUCAGAAAAUCAAAAACAAAAAGGAGGGAACAGUUUUCUUUUCUGAGAAUGAGAUUCUGGACUGGAUUGUGAAGAUCUGCAUGGCUCUAAAAUACCUGCAUGAUCAACAGAUCCUGCAUAAAAACCUGCAACCUGAGGGCAUAUUCUUCACUUCAUUUGGAACCAUCUGUCUAGGCGAGUUUGAAGUGAUUCAUCAACGGUCCAGUGAAGAGAAAACAGCAGAAAAUAAACCUUCAUAUGUUGCACCUGAGAUUUUGAAUGGCAAACCUUAUGAAGAGAAAACUGAAAUAUGGAUGUUGGGAUGUGUUAUCUAUGAGCUGUGCAUGCUGAAGUGUGUGUUUCCUGCAAUACUCUCAGUUGAGACUGUUCAAAAGGUACUCACAUCCUCCUACGAAGCCCUUCCUCUGACCUUCUCUGAGGAUCUCCGUCAGCUGGUAAAUGACACACUUCAGGCCGAUCCAGCAUCUCGUCCGUCAGUCAGCGAGAUCUUGACUAGACCUUUUAUCAUUAAUUAUCUUCGCGAAAAGAACAUGCAAACUAUUAGGACUCUUUAUAGAACACUAGAGGACCUGAGAGCCCUGGCUAAUGAUUUGGAAAGAGUCCAUUUCAACACAACCGUGGGCAGUCUCACAGGAGGUGUAGUGGGAUUGGCUGGAGGAAUCACAUCUGUAGUGGGUCUCAUUCUCUCUCCAUUCACUCUCGGAGCGUCUCUGAUAGUAACAGGAGUGGGAAUUGGCACAGCAGUAGCUGGAGGAGUAACCGCUGGUGCCAGCAACAUAACAAACAUGGUUAACAAGAGCACAAACCAGCAAAAGAUCAAAAUGCUCUUAAAGGAGUUCCAAGAAAAAAUGGCCUCCACAGUUUGCUGCAUCCAAAACAUCCAAAUAGCUGUGGAAACUUUAGAAAACCAGUUUUCCACAAGCAAUUACCCGUUUUACAAUGCACAUCCUGGGGCAAAUGUUGGAGUUCGACUUGGACGAGGACUGGGAGGAAUUCCGGAGAUUUUCCGUUUAAUUGAAGUUGUAAAUGUUGGGAAGGUGGCAGCUCAGGUCGCGAAAGCCGUUCGUGCAGCUGAAGUAGCUACAGGAGUUUUGUCUGCACUUUUUGUGGCUGUUGAUAUCUUCUUUGUGUUCCUCGACUCCAGAGAAAUCCACAACCUUCGCCAAGAUUAUGCUUCAAGAGAGAGUCGGCGAGAAUCAGGAUCAACUGACCAGACAUCAAAGUACAGUGACACGACAAAUCUGGUGCCUUCAAAAACUCAACAAGCUGAAGAGCUGAAGUCUGAGACCAUGAAAUUUGUGACAAAAAUAAAAGAGACAACAGAAGAGCUUCAGGCAAUUCUGGAUACACUACAAGACGCAAUACACCAAAACUCUGAGACGCCAAACAUUGACAGCUAAGAAUUGUUAGUAAAGCUCAGUAUGCUCCUCAGUCUUGAUUGAUUAUAGUUGUAGCAAAGGUUAGGUGAUGAUCACUGUAUAUUCUGAGUGUUUCCAUGAUAAAAUAUCUAAAUCAGGAUGGCUAGUUUUAAAAGCGCUCAGAGAAACUUUUUGAGGGGCAAUAAAGGAAGGAUUUUAGCUUGCUCUACGGGUUGUAUGGGAGCAUUUAAUAAUGUUAAGAAUUGGGCUUCUUGCCUUUAUUUCCUUGAUGUUAUUGAAAACAGAAAGAAUGAGCAUCGUUUCCUGUGUUUCUGUAUUCAAAUGUCUGCCUAAUGUCAUUUUCUUCCACUUAAAUAAAUGUACUAAAAUAAAUGCAUUACUGAAA